AACUGCAGCCCAGAUCUUUCUUUUUGUUUAUUUCUUUUAAAUUCUCUACCUUUGAUCUAAAGAUUUCAUCUUUUUCCUUUUCUUUUUCCUUUAUUUUAUUCAUGUUUCUUGGUUCUCUUUACAUUUAUGUCGAAACAGGAUUGGGUUCUUGUAUUUUCAGACCGUCUAAUUUUCCCUGAAGAGUUCUUUGUGGAUGAAGAAUCACUACCCUUUUGAAUAAUUUUGAGAAGAGUGGCGAUCUUUUCUUCGUGGGGAGAAGUUUUUUUUUUCUUAAUGCUUUCGCUAUUGAUCAAAAUAGUGGGGAGUGACACAAGAAGCAGUAUUUUACUAAUCACUACUCAUACUUCCACCAAGAAAUCCCCGACACAGAGAGACACAUACAGAAACAUACAGGAAGAACCUCAAGAGCCACAUAUAGAUCGUUUGAUGUGUUUUGUUUUUGUAACAGCGUGUCUGAAAUGGAGAACAGGCGAGAGAGUAACUUCUCUGUUAGCAUUGAGAGUUCUCCAGGCUGUAACUCGCCAAUGGGUUCGAAGAACAUCAGAAAGGUGUUCGAUAAAAUGACUGAGUGGGUUACCCCUUGGAGAAGUAACUCGGCGGCGCCAAGAGGACGGAGGAUUUUCCGUGGAGAUGUCGAGCAAGAUGAGUUUCAGUACGCAAGCAGCCACUGUUUGUCGUCUUACUACAGUGUCUUUGUCGUUCGCCUUGCAAUUAUGGUCAUGCUAGCGAUUCUGAUUGGGCUCUUGACCGUCCUCACAUGGCAUUUUACGAGGAUAUAUACCAAGCAAUCGCUUAAGACGUUAGCAUAUGGCCUCCGUUACGAGCUCCUGCAGCGUCCAAUCCUACGGAUGUGGAACGUUUUGAACACAACCUCUGAACUCACAACUGCUCAGGUGAAGCUAUCUGAGUAUGUUAUCAAAAAAUACAACAAACCAACAACGCAAGCAGAGCUUGUUGAGAUGUAUCAAGCAAUGAAGGAUGUUACAUGGGCUCUGUUCGCGAGUGCAAAAGCUCUAAAUGCCAUAACCAUAAAUUAUAGAAACGGGUUUGUCCAAGCUUUUCACAGAGACGUGAGUAACGGUACAUUUUACAUCUUCUCCGAUCUGACAAACUAUUCAAUCAGUGCAACUGAGCAUGAAGAUAUAAGCAUGUCACUCCUGAGAGGAUGGAGCAACCAGACGAUACACGGGAAUUUGUCUGCCACUUGGUAUCAGCAAAGGCUGGACCCUGUAACUGGAGAGAAAAUUGGAAAACCUCUUCAGGUCCCUCCUGAUGAUCUAAUCAACAUCGCUGGAAUCUCACAAGUACCAGAUGGUAUAGCUUCCUGGCAUGUGACUGUGAGCAAGUACAUGGAUUCUCCCCUUCUCUCGGCGGCUUUGCCCGUGUUUGACGCUGCAAAUGAGAGUAUUGUGGCUGUUGUGGGUGUGACAACAGCACUUUAUAGCGUUGGUCAGUUGAUGAGAGAGCUUGUUGAAGUCCAUGGUGGGCAUAUUUACUUGACCUCUCAAGAAGGUUACUUGCUUGCUACUUCAACCAAUGGUCCUCUUUUAACGAAUACAUCAAAGGGGCCGGAGUUAAUGAGAGCAGUUGAUUCAGAAGAGUGGGUUAUAAGGACGGGAGCUCAGUGGUUGGAGAGAACUUAUGGGAAUAACAUUCCUCAUGUGGUUCAUGCUGAGAAUGCAAAGCUUGGGGAUCAGCAAUAUUACAUAGAUUCGUUCUUUCUAAAUCUGAAGAGACUUCCUAUUGUUGGCGUUGUCAUCAUUCCAAGAAAAUUUAUUAUGGGAAAAGUAGAUGAAAGAGCAUUCAAAACUUUGGUCAUUUUGAUAUCUGCUUCUGUUUGCAUCCUCUUCAUUGGAUGUAUUUGCAUUCUGAUCCUUACAAAUGGAGUUUCAAAAGAAAUGAAACUAAGAGCAGAACUGAUAAGGCAAUUGGAUGCAAGAAGAAGAGCUGAAGCCUCAAGCAACUACAAAAGCCAGUUUCUUGCGAACAUGAGUCAUGAGUUGAGGACACCUAUGGCUGCUGUGAUUGGAUUGCUAGAUAUUCUUAUAUCGGAUAAUUGCCUUACGAAUGAGCAAUAUGCAACAGUAACUCAGAUCAGAAAAUGCUCUACUGCCUUGCUUCGGCUUCUCAACAACAUAUUGGACCUGAGCAAGGUUGAAUCGGGAAAACUUGUGCUGGAAGAGGCUGAGUUUGAUUUGGGACGAGAACUCGAAGGACUUGUUGACAUGUUCUCAGUGCAGUGUAUCAAUCACAAUGUUGAGAUUGUAUUGGACCUGUCAGAUGAUAUGCCAACAUUUGUUAGAGGAGACUCUGCAAGAGUUGUCCAAAUCUUUGCAAAUCUUAUAAGCAAUUCUAUCAAGUUUACAACAACGGGUCAUAUUGUUCUUCGUGGAUGGUGUGAGAAUGUGAACACUCUGAACGAUGACAAGAACUUAGCGAUUGACCGGAGAAAAUCACUGGCUCCAAUUAAGACAAAAUUGGUGCAACCCAGAAAUCACAUGCCGAAGUUAUAUAAGAAUGAGAACAAAACAGUUCUUUUGUUUGAGGUUGAUGACACCGGAUGUGGAAUAGAUCCAAGUAAAUGGGAAUCUGUAUUUGAGAGCUUUGAGCAAGCCGAUCCCUCCACCACACGGACGCAUGGAGGAACCGGGCUUGGACUAUGUAUUGUAAGAAACUUGGUAAACAAGAUGGGUGGAGAAAUCAAGGUAGUAAAGAAGAAUGGCCCAGGAACUCUCAUGAGGCUUUGCUUGAGUCUCCAAACACCUGAUACUACAGAGCAGAACUGCCAACCAGAUUUCUUCAGAUAUGAUCUGGUGGUUUUGCUUGCCCUGUAUGGUAGUGUGGGAAGAACUAUCACGUCAAGCUGGUUGAGGAAAUUGGGCAUAGCAACAGUAGAAGCAUCGGACUGGAACGAGCUGACCCAGAUCAUUCGAGACCUCUUCCAGACGGAAAUCCAAUACAAAGGCUUCGAUUCCCAACACACGAUUGCUGAUUCACUAAAGGUAGAGCUUCAGAAGAUACAGGAAAUCAAGAACCCUGCAUUUGUCGUUGUGGUGGAAAUUGGGAUUCUUGACCUCAGCACAGAUAUAUGGAGGGAACAGCUCAACUACCUAGAUAGAUUCUCCAGCAAAGCAAAGUUUGCUUGGAUGCUGAAGCACGAUACCUCCAAUGCGGUUAAAAUGGAGCUCAGGCGAAAAGGGCAUGUUUUGAUGGUUAACAGACCUUUGUACAAAGCCAAAAUGAUUCAGAUUCUGGAGGCCGUAAUAAAAGACAGGAAAAAAGAAGCCCAGAAGAGAAGUUCUAGUAGUGGGUCGAGAAAUGCAGGACAUGGAGAUGAUGAAUCCCACGAGUGCUUAGAGAUCGAUUCAACGCAGUAUGACACUUGCAGUUCUGAUGAUUCCUCUGAUGUGUCCAGAGAGAAACAAAGUGAUAAGCUUUCUUCAAAGCGCCAGCCUCUCAAGAACGGCCUAGUCGACACUGCUCAUCCAUUUUCAGACAGCAAUAAUGACUCAACAUCUGGAAGUUUGAUUGAGUCUGAGCAAGCAAAGACCCAAAAACCAACGGAAUAUUCUGAAAGGGAGCAUCCAGGAGAUCGAGAAAACCUUUUGUGUUCGGGAAAUGCUCCGAGUGAACAGAAUCAGAAAUCUCUUGAGGGCAUAAGGAUCUUGCUAGCAGAAGAUACUCCUGUGCUUCAAAGGGUGGCCACCAUAAUGCUGGAAAAAAUGGGGGCUAUUGUAACUGUGGUCGGGGAUGGUCAACAAGCAGUUGAUGCACUCAACUACAGGCUUAACCCACAAGAUCAGACACAAGAAUCAGAAGAUGACGCAGACAACAUAAAUCAGCAGAACUGGUUUCAGAACCCUGCUCCUUAUGACUUGAUCCUUAUGGACUGCCAGAUGCCGAAAAUGGAUGGAUAUGAGGCAACGAAAGCGAUAAGGAGAGCAGAGACAGGAACAAGAAUGCAUGUUCCUAUAGUUGCACUCACAGCUCACGCGAUGUCAUCUGAUGAAGCCAAGUGCUUGGAGGUGGGAAUGGAUGCUUAUCUGACAAAACCUAUUGACCGGAAGCUCAUGGUCUCCACCAUUCUCUCUCUUACCAAACCAUCACCGUCACCAUCACCAUCACCAUCUUGACUUGCAUGCCAUUCCACUUGAGCUAACAAGAGAGCUUCUUAGCUUCGGGAACUUGGAACUGUAUAUAUGCAUAUAUAUAUAUAUAUACACGUGUGUGUGUGUAUACAUAGUGGUUUGUUAAUGUUGAACACUUUAACAGGGAGGUUCUUGGAGAAGAAGAUCUUGUUUUUUUU